CUGCAAGCGAGGGGGUGGGGUUACGUAUUAGCUUCCAAUUUACAAAGUUAGGGUUUAGCAGAGACGCAAAGCUUCUUCCUUAAUCGCUUUUUCUUCUUAGCAAAAAAGAAACCUGAAAUCAAGAAGGAAUUAGAGUUUGUUAGAGGGAUCGAAAAUGGAAGGAGGAGCAGAUGAAGGAGUAGAGAGAGUGGUGGACUCGAAGGAUAUGCAGCAACAGAGCAAAGCCUUCGACAAGCUCACCGACCGCGUCGAAGAUCGCCAACUUGACUCCACUCGUGUUCAAGAGGCGAUGGCGUCGAUUGCUGCAUCUGCGGAAGCUGAUUGGAAUGCUAUGAGAUUGAGGGAAAAAGAAUUAGCUGCCGUUAAGAUCAAUGCAGCUGACGUGGACAUAAUCGCGAAUGAACUAGAGCUGGACAAGAAAGUUGCUGAGAGAACCUUACGAGAGCACAAAGGCGAUGCUGUUGCUGCCAUUCGAUACCUUCUUCGCUAGCUCAGUCUUAAAGAGAGGUUCAGCUUACUCAAUUUUUCUUGUUGAAUGUUAUGAAAAUGCAAAUGACAAGACACAUUACGCUAAUUGCUUUGUCAGUUGCGUUGUUUAUUCUGAAUUAAGUACUUUUUUAGUUUAGGCAAUUUUGUUUUCAAAAGGCUUCAGAUGUUUAUGUACCCAUAUCUAUUGUUCAAAUGGAUGUAUAUUAAAAUGGAUUUCUGCAGGCAUUAUUAGACCUGUUACCCAUAAACUUGAUAAGAAAUCCUAGCAUUGGAUUCA